AUGGAGCUGAGUCCAAUCAGCGCUUCGUUGGGCGCCAUGGGCUCCCUUCCGCGCAAGCUCGACGAGCUCCUUGCGACCAAACACCGGGCUCUGCGGGGGGUUCUGAUGGAUGAUAUCGAUCAACUCAGGGCUCAUCUUUGCAUCCUAUACAACUUCAUGCUGAAGCUCUCUGAUGCGCCGCAGGACCCUCCUAUGUCUGUGAGGUACUGGAUGAAGGAUGUGCGCGAGCUAUCCUAUGACAUGGAGGACUUUGCCGACCAAUUCGUCCAUGCUCAUGGCCGUGCCAAGAUCCCUAGAGCUAAUCACCGCAAAAAUAAAACCCGUUCUCGGGUAAAGAUUGACCGCCUUCCAAAGAGGCACAAGUGGCGACCUGGGAUCACCCACAAAAUUUCAGAAUUCAGGUCUCGAGCAUAUGAGGCGAUUCAGCGCUACUGGAGGUACAAGUUUGAUGAUUGCGCCGCCAAUCCUAGGUACUCACCUAUUGGCCAUGGCCGUCCAACUAUUUUGCCACAUCCUGAUGACCUUGUUGGCAUAGAAGGACCAUCAAAUGAGCUCGAGCGGUGGUUGAUCAAUGGAGAGGAGCAGCUCAAGGUGGUGUCCAUUGUCGGUGGUGCAGGAAUCGGUAAGACCACUCUUGCCUUGAAGUUGUGGGGUACACUCCGUGGACAAUUCGAGUGUGGGGCAUUUGUUCGGACAGCACAAAAGCCCGAUAUGAGACGUAUUCUCAGGAACAUACUCUUGCAAGUUCGACCGCACCAAUCUCCCAACCAUGGUGAGAUGCGCCACCUAAUUAACGACCUCAGAGAGUAUCUACAAGACAAGAGAGUGAACAGAAGAGUCACUAAGGCCACGUACUUUCUUAUAAUUGAUGAUUUAUGGGCUACCUCGGUAUGGGAUGUGGUUAGUCGCGCAUUUCCAAAGGGUGGUUGCAGCAGAAUAAUAACUACGACAGAGAGUAUGGAAGUAGCUCUCGCAUGCUGUUGUUUUUGCCCUGAGCACAUUUUUAAAAUGGAACCUCUUAGUGAUAAUGACUCAGAGAAAUUACUGCUCCAAAGAAUCCUUGUCUCAGGAAAUCAAAGUCCGCAACAGUUUGAAGAUGUUAUACCUCAGAUUAUUAGAAGUUGUGGUGGCUUGCCAUUAGCAAUCAUCAUUGUAGCCAGAAUUUUAGCAAGCCAACCUGAGAAACUAGACCAAUGGGGCAGUGCACAGAAUUCUUUUCAUUCCAUUUUUGGGACAAAUCCUAACAAGGAAGGGUUUAUGGGAUAA